AUGUGUUAUGCUUGUAUUCUAGCAUUACGGGUAAAUAGUCUGCGGAGAGAUGGUACAGUGGACCCUUUGGAGGAUAGUGGAGAUACUGAUGUUGACGGGCCUGUUUUCUUUGGCGACUCUGAUAAUGGUUAUUGCUUCUCGCUCACAUUUAGAUUACGUGAUUCUAAAGCACGCGGUUUUCUUCGAUUGUAUUCUUUCAUCGUGGUUAGCAACGACAUGACGUACAUCAUUAAUAAUUAUGAAUUUUUUCUACAAGCAUUAACAGCUGUGAAAGAAAAAUUGCAGAGUAUGGCAGCAGCAAUAUUCGAAAGCGAAAUGGAUCAAGAAGAUGCGAUGAGACCACAAUACGCAAGUAUGGCCGGUCGCUUACCGACGGGUUGGUUUAGGCCCAGUGACAGAAAUGGAAGACGGGUAGCAAUUGAUACUAAGCGAAAUCUACAAACUAUAACCGGGGAUGACACUAUUUGGAACCGAUUGCACAGGUACGUUUCCACCUCACCAUAG